GAUGAUGCGUCUUCCCACUCUUGCAACCAAAAACACGAUUGGUUCAUUUAAUUAGCUGGAAAUCCGCAAGCAACUGGAGAAUUGAAAGCGAGCGUGCAUUAUUACAGCAAUUUGGCAGGGAUCGCACACAACCCUAAGCAAAUGGUAGCAAGUAGUACAAUUAGCUGCGCAAUCUCGUGUCAUCAUCAUAGAUAAUUUCAGAUUUUUAUAAGAGAGAAGAGCACACAUGACAUUGCUGACUGCUAGGCGAUGGAGAUGAUCCACAAGGGGUCCAUGGACUUGGUGCUGGUCCCUUGUGGGCUUGCGAUCAUGCUCGGCUACCACCUCCUCCUCCUCUACCGCAUCCUUCGCCACCCACACACCACGGUCAUCGGCUACGAGAACCACAACAAGCUUGCAUGGGUGCAGCGCAUGGCGCAGACGACGGCGCCGGAGGAGACGGCCCUGGCGCUGAGCGUGAUCUCCGACAGCAUCUCGGCGUCCACGACGCUGGCGUCGCUGUGCAUCGCGCUGGGCUCGCUGAUCGGCGCGUGGGUCAGCAGCAACACCUCGGAGCCGCUCACCGGCGCCGGCCAGUCGGCGACGACGGGGAUGGCGUCGGCCAAGUUCACGUCGCUGCUCGUCUGCUUCCUGGCCUCGUUCGCCUGCUUCAUCCAGUCCGCGGGGCACUACGUGCACGCCAGCUUCCUCAUGACCGCGCUGGGGUCGGACGCGCCGGCGAGCCACGUCCAGCGCGCGGUGAUCCGGGGCGGCAACUUCUGGGCGCUGGGGCUCCGGGCGCUCUACUUCGCCACGGCGCUGCUCAUGUGGGUGUUCGGCCCGGUGGCCAUGCUCGCCUGCUCCGUGCUCUCGGUGGCCGUGCUCCACCUGCUCGACACCAGCUCCAUGCCGCUGCACCACCACCAGUUCCUGGACAGAGCGAGCGUCACAGGGGGAGCCAGAGCGGCCACCACUCCGAACCCGGGGCUCCAUAGCGCCGUCGCGGUGUUUUCUCCGGCAUCGUAUCUCAGGUGACGGAGGGGAACGUUUCUGGUGUAUGACGUUUCAAAGAUUUCCUCAUCUUGGCUAAAAUGAGUGUGAAGUUAUCUUGAUAGAUUUCUGAAUUGCAAAGAAAAAAAAAAGAUACAUUUGCUCCUCGA